AUGUGUCAUUUUACCAAUCUCGAGAACUUAUUUGUUCUCUAUAAAUAUGAUGAUGUUCCUGCUACAUCAUUGACUCAAUCAGAAUAUUUUGAUGAAACUGAUGAUGACGAAGAUGAUGACGAUGAAAAUAUUUAUCAAACCGACGAUAAUGACGAUACUUUUGAGGACAAUCCGUGUUCCACCUUUCCUACAAAUAUAUUUCAAACUGAAAUGAAUUUUGUCCAGAAGCAACGCAGAGAGAAAGUAAGGAACAGCUGUAAUCGAUUUCACACAAACCAAACCUCCAGGUUAUUCUUCAACAAACUGAACAAUAACAUAGCAUUUUAUGACCCUCUAGGAUUCUUAUAUUGUCGAAUACAAAAAGUGGGGUCUACUUUUCUCCGAAAAACAAUGAAAAGACUAUUUUCUGGAAUAGAGCAUCGAGUUUUGCAAGGUAAAAGUAUCCUCCAUGGUAGAUCGGAUGAUUUCAUUGAUUGUCUGGCAAAAUCACCAAAGUUUAUGUUUGUUCGAGAGCCAUUUGGGCGAGCCCUCUCUGGAUACGUAGACAAACUGUUCGCGCCAAAUCCGGUUUAUUGGAAGAUUACUGGACGACAUGUUGUGCGAAUGGUUAGAGGAUCAAACGCUAGUGAAUUAUCAUUGAAAUGUGGUCACGAUAUUACAUUUCCAGAGUUCAUGAAAUACCUGAUCAUCUCUCAGAAAUCAUUACAAUUCCGGGACAGACAUUUCUUCCCUAUGCACGAACAUUGUUUUCCGUGUAAUAUCAAUUAUGAUUUCAUCGGAAAAAUGGAAACAUUUCGAGAGGAUGUGACAUUUUUACUGGAUUCUUUUAAUUCAGCUUUUGAUGUUGAACUUUCAUUUGAAGAUUUUGAAAAGGAAUCUGAUUUGAGUAUAGCUAAAAAUCAGCUAGCACGAGUCUUUGCCUUCAGGACAAAAACAGAAUCAUGUGAACCAUUCCAUACAUCACUACUGAGGUUCUGGCGAGAUCUUCAGAUUCGAGGCAUAAUACCAAUAGAAGUAAAAAUGCCGUUCACAUCAGAAAGAGCGAAAAACGUCUCAAAACCCGAAGUGGUUGAUAAAAUUACUAAUAUCAUCCAAUCUAUACAAAAUCGUACAAAGCUAAAAGAGCAGAGAGUAGAAGCAAAAGUCGAAGCUUUCAGUCAAAUAUCUAAAGAUAUUAUAAAGGAAUAUACAGAACUUUAUCACUUUGAUUUUGAACUAUUUGAUUACCAAGCAAACCUACCUUUUAUGAAAAAUUUAACCGGUUCAAAUUCAAAUAGACUAAAAUACUUCGACAUAUUUAAUGACAAAUAA